AUGGAAGGCCUGCCUGAUGCUGCUGCUUUUUCUACUAAGCUUAAAAACACUCUCAUUAACUACCAUAGCAUUGAAGAUGAUAAAUGGAGAGUUGCUAAGAAAACGAAAGAUGUGACUGUUUGGAGGAAACCUUCAGAAGAAUUUAGUGGCUAUCUCUACAAAGCCCAAGGUGUGAUAGAUGACGUUGUCAAUAGUGUAAUAGACCACAUACGCCCUGGGCCGUGUCGCUUAGAUUGGGACAGCCUAGUGACUUCUUUGGAUAUAUUGGAGCACUUUGAAGAGAAUUGCUGUGUGAUCCGUUACACUACUGCUGGUCAGCUGUGGAAUACCGUUUCCCCAAGAGAGUUUGUUGAUUUCUCCUACACUGUGAACUAUAAAGAAGGGCUUUUAUCCUGUGGGAAAAGCCUUGACUGGAGUGAAAAGAGAAAUGAAUUUGUUCGCGGAUAUAACCAUCCCUGUGGUUGGUUUUGUGUUCCACUUAAAGACAAUCCAAACCAGAGUCUUUUGACAGGCUAUAUUCAGACUGAUCUCGGAGGGAUGAUUCCUCAUUCGGCAGUAGAUAUAGCCAUGGCAAGCACGUUAAUCAACUUUUAUGGUGAUUUACAAAAAGUCUUACAAAAGGUGUGA